UUUUCAUUUCCAUGGCGGUUGAAGCUCGAAGCAGGCUGAAGCACCCGGCAGUUUCGACCGAAUCGGAAGAAGAAGAGCAGAGCUGAAUCCGCUGGAGAGGGGCGUGCUGGAGGUGAGCGAAGAUGUCGGGAAUGGGAGACGGGUACGUGGGCACGGCCCAGGACGCCGUGAGGAUCAGGCGGCUCGAGAAGCAGAGGGAGGCCGAGCGCCGGAAGAUACAGGAGCUCAAGACUAAGUCCGCCUCCGACAAGGGCCAGCCCGGCCUCCUUCAGUUCGGCUCGAGCACCUCCGAGAUUCUUGAGACUGCUUUCAAGAAGGAAACGAUCGGUCUGGUUACGAGAGAGCAGUACGUUGAGAAGAGGGUGAAUAUCCGCAACAAAAUCGAGGAGGAAGAAAAGGAGAAGCUUCAAAAGCUACAACAAGAAGAGGAGGAGCUUCAGUUACAAAAGCUUAAGAAAAGGAAAAUAAAGGGAAACUCUCGGUUAUCCUUUGUGGAUGAUAUAGAUGACCAGAGUGAAGAGGAAGAAACCGUGGAACCAAAGAGGCUUGGCCAAUCUAAACUCAGCAAAGAUCCCACGGUGGAGACUAGCUUUCUUCCAGACAGUGAGCGGGAGGCAGAGGAGCAAGCAGAGCGUGAAAGGCUGCGAAAGCAGUGGCUUCUUGAGCAAGAGCAGAUUCGGAAUGAACCCCUGGAAAUCACAUAUAGUUACUGGGAUGGAGCAGGUCAUAGGCGAGUUAUCCAGGUGCGGAAAGGUGAUACAAUUGGUGAAUUUCUUCGUGCUAUCCAGCAGCAGCUUGCUCCAGAAUUUCGAGAAAUCCGUACAACUUCUGUUGAGAAUCUGCUUUACGUGAAGGAAGAUCUGAUCAUUCCACAUCAACACAGUUUUUAUGAGCUCAUCGUCAAUAAAGCCAGGGGCAAAAGUGGACCGCUUUUUCACUUCGAUGUGCAUGAGGAUGUGAGGACUAUCGCAGAUGCAACUAUAGAAAAGGAUGAAUCUCAUGCAGGGAAGGUUGUGGAGAGGCACUGGUAUGAGAAGAACAAACACAUCUUCCCUGCUUCAAGAUGGGAGAUAUAUGACCCAACAAAGAAGUGGGAGCGGUAUACCAUACAUGGGGAUUGAUCUGAGAAGGCCAGAGCUGAUUCAGAUGGAAAUGCGAAGAGAAUAUGGUACUAUGAACUGAGUCUGGACUGUUCUUUGUAAUUGCCUAGUCAAAACUGGCUUUGUCACUUUGAGCAAAAAUUGUGGCUUACAUUUCUAUUUUUAGGCGAGAGUAGUGUAUUGGCUUCUUGAUUGUGUGAACGAGCUAGUGUGCAAGGCUAGUAGAUAACUUUUGAUCAUACACAUUGUCGAAUACAAACGAUGAAAUGAACCUACUUAAAGUGAAGAUGCUGGUGA